UCUCAGAAUAAAUCUGAGAGAAGAAGAGAAAGCAAAAUAUGUUAAUGAGAAUGAAAUGAUUCUCCUGACAAAAACUGUUAAACUUAGUGAGUACUGAGUAGGGAGUUGCCAGCCAUGUCCGUUGAACUCAAGCUCUCUCGUUCCAAUCGUAUCUAUCGCCCUUCGGAAGCUCUGGAAGGCAAAAUCAUUGUCAAAACUCAGUCUUCAAUUUCCCACUAUGGAAUUCGCCUUACUGUCAAAGGAUCCGUUAACUUGCAGGUUCGUGGAGGAUCAGCUGGGGUUGUUGAGUCAUUCUAUGGUGUUAUUAAGCCCAUCCCAAUUGUGAAUAGGACCAUUGAGGUUAAAUCUUCUGGAAAGAUUGGUUCGGGUACAUCGGAGAUACCAUUCUCAGUGAAUCUUAGACAGCGGGAUGAAAAUUUAGAAAGAUUUUAUGAGACUUUCCAUGGUGCAAAUAUUAGUAUCCAGUAUUUGGCAACUGUAGAUAUAUCUCGUGGAUACUUGCAUAAAUCAUUAUCAGCAACAAUGGAGUUCAUUGUUGAAAGUGAUAAAGAAAAUUCAGCUGAUCUUCAACAACAACCACUUUCUCCAGAGAUGGCAAUCUUUUACAUUACCCAAGACACUCAAAGGCAUCCUCUACUUCCUGAAUUAAAAUCUGGUGGAUUUCGGGUGACAGGAAAAAUCUCUACUCAAUGUUCUUUGUCUGGUCCUAUUAGUGGUGAGUUAACUGUAGAAACAUCUGCAGUUCCAAUUCAUUCUAUUGACAUUCAGUUGUUUCGAGUUGAGUCCGUUCUUCUUGGGGAGAAAAUUGUGACCGAAACCUCUCUGGUCCAAACAACACAGAUAGCAGAUGGAGAUGUGUGCCGUAAUUUGACGCUGCCUAUUUAUGUAAUACUACCACGCCUUUUGACCUGUCCAACAACCUUAGCUGGUCCCUUCUCAGUUGAGUUCAAAGUUGCCAUCGUUAUAAGCUUUCAGUCAGAGCUAAGUAAACUGCACAAAAAAUCUGACGCCAAAACUCCGAGACUAUGGCUGGCAAUGGAAACAUUACUGCUUGAGUUGGUUCGGACAAAGUAAGAUGAUUUAAUUGUGUGGUUUAUCAAAAUAUGAAUAUGUGGAUAAAUAUGGAACAUGGCUUUACUCAUGCAACAUUUUAGAUAGGUUUGAGUAAAUUGGGUAUUUGACUUCUCAAGUUUCAUGUAAUGUAGCUCAAUCUUUUACUGCAGCAUUGCAUUGAGAAACAUUUCUUAAUCUCUGGAUCCAAA